GGUUUCAUAAGACUCUAAAAUGGUAAGUUUUGCUAGAACAGUUAAUCCGCAUAAUCCUCCUCUGUUUUCCAUGCGUUUAAGUGGAAGGAGUCUAAUCUCUUCUAGGAAAACCAAGUCAUGCUUGCCGUUGUGGAUAAGGUGCUGGGAAGAACCGGUAACACUGGUAACGUCACCCAGGUCCGCGUCACUUUCAUGGAUUCCUCCAAGCGUAGCAUUGUGAGAAACGUGAAGGGACCUGUGCGCGAGGGUGAUAUUCUGACUCUUCUGGAAUGGGAGCGUGAGGCUCGUCGUCUCCGAUAAAUAGGGUGUGCUGAUGUGAAUCCUGAAACCUGUUUGAGCAACCUCACUUUU